AAAAAGAGGGAAAGGAGGUGGGGCAAACGAUACUAAUGGGGGUUGCUGUUGCUCAGCGAGCGAGGAGGAGACGAUGAAGACGGCGGCGCCGGCCCAGACGAAAGCGGCCCCAAACCAAGCCGCCACGGCGACCGGAAGGGGCCGCCCCUACAGAGGCGUGAGGAUGAGGAAGUGGGGCAAGUGGGUCGCCGAGAUCAGAGAGCCCAACAAGCGAUCUCGUAUAUGGCUCGGCUCUUACGCCACCGCCGUCGCUGCCGCCCGGGCUUACGACACCGCCGUCUUCCAUCUCCGUGGCCGAUCGGCUCGGCUCAACUUCCCCGACGAGAUCGAAGCCGAUGGCGCCGAUUUGGACGCCGAACCCUUACCGGCGGCUGCGAUCAGGAAGAAGGCUAUGGAGGUUGGGGCUCGCGUUGACGCCGCCCAAACCGAGCUCGUUCUGAAUCAUCAUCAAAGCAAGAAUAAGAAUCCGGAUCUCAAUCUAAGGCCAAGUCCUGAGACUUCCGAUGAAGAUUAACAGCUUGAAAUCCAAGAAAAAUCAUGGUAAAAA